GAAAGGUCAGGGGCUGCGCGCAGUCCCAACAUGGCGGCAGCCGGGGCGGUGGUGGCGGCGGCGCGUAGCCCCGGAGCCCCAGCGGCGCCCGCGGUCCGGUCCCCGACUCCGCCGCGGGCUGCGCGGCCGCCGUGGGUGCUCGUGCUGCUGGCGGCGGCGGCGACGGCGGGCCCGGGGGCUGGCGGUGCGGCCGGGCUGUACCGUCCGGGCGAGGACGCCGUGUGGGUGCUGGACAGCGGCGGCGUGCGCGGGGCCACGGCCAACAGCUCGGCCGCCUGGCUUGUGCAGUUCUACUCCUCGUGGUGCGGCCACUGCAUCGGCUACGCGCCUACCUGGCGGGCCCUGGCCGGGGACGUGCGAGACUGGGCUGCUGCCAUCCGUGUGGCCGCUCUGGACUGUGCAGAGGAGAAGAACCACCAGGUGUGCCGGGCCUACGACAUCCACUUUUACCCCACCUUCCGGUAUUUUAGAGCGUUUACAAAGGAGUUUACAACCGGAGAAAACUUUAAAGGAGCUGACCGAGAGCUGCCAACAGUGAGACGAAGCAUGAUUGACUUCCUGCAGAACCACACCGAGGGAGGCCGGCCCCCUGCCUGCCCCUCUUUGGAGCCUGUUCUGCCCAGUGACAUUCUGUCUCUGUUUGAAAACCAUGGUGGCCAUUAUGUGGCUGUUAUAUUUGAAAGCAACAGCUCCUACGUUGGACGAGAGGUGAUUUUGGACUUGCUUCCCUACGAGAACGUGGUGGUGAAGAGAGCGCUGGGCUCGGAUAGAGCGGUUCUUGAGAAACUUGGCGUGCCGUCGGUUCCUGCAUGCUACCUGAUUUAUCCAAACAGGACACGUGGCUUCGUUAACAUCGCAAAGCCUCUCCGGUCGUUUUUCUCUGCUUACUUGAAGUCAUUGCCUGGGGUGAGGAAAAAAAUGCUCUCAUCGCCUGAGAAGCCAAGCGAAGAAGAGAAUGUCGAAACCCAGGUCUGGAGAGAAUUUGAUAGGUCCCGGCUGUACACCGCAGACCUCGAGUCCACACUGCACUACCUCCUACGGGUGGAGCUGGCCGCCCACAGGUCGCUGGCGGGAGAGGAGCUGAAGACGCUCAAGGACUUCAUCACGCUCAUCGCCAAGCUGUUCCCGGGCCGGCUGCCGGUAGUAAAGCUCUUGGAGAUGCUGCAGGAGUGGCUAGCCAGCCUACCCCUGGACAAGAUCCCCUACAACGCCGUCCUCGACCUAGUCAACAACAAGAUGCGGAUUUCUGGAAUAUUCCUUACCGACCAUGUCAAGUGGGUUGGAUGUCAAGGAAGCAGACCAGAGUUGAGGGGCUACCCAUGUGGCCUUUGGAAGUUGUUCCACACCCUGACAGUUCAGGCAGGGGCUCGUCCAGAAGCUCUGGCUGGCACAGGUUUUGAAGGCGCCCCCCAGGCGGUGCUGCAGACCCUGAGGAGGUACGUCAGCACCUUCUUUGGGUGCAGGGAAUGUGGCAAGCAUUUUGAGGAGAUGGCACAAGAGUCUCUGGAUGCAGUGAGGACCCCCGACCAGGCAGUGCUCUGGCUCUGGAGGAAACACAAUGUCGUGAACAGCCGCCUGGCAGGCCAUCCGAGUGAGGACCCCAGGUUCCCCAAGGCCCCAUGGCCCACCCCGGAUCUCUGCCCAGCCUGUCACGAGGAAGUCAAGGGCCUGGACAGCUGGGACGAGGGCCAGGUGCUGUCCUUCCUGAAGCAGCACUACAGCCGUGGCAACCUCUUGGACACAUACUCCGCAGACCUUGGCGGUCCCAACAAGGAAGGGGAGACAGGACACCCUGCCCCACAGAAGUCCCGCGGUAGCCAGCACCCCGGGAGUCUCCGUCCACCAGAGGCACUGGGCUCCCAAUCCCGACUGUUGGAGAACUGGGCCCGCAGACUGGACAUCAGGGCGCAGAGCCCACGUGGCGCUGGGGCCCAGGUGGAGCCUGCUGCCGCAGUGCCCUUCCUCGGGGCAGGCUUCUCCAACCUAGACAUGAGCCUCUGUGUCCUGCUGUACGUGGCCUCGUCCCUGUUCCUCAUGGUCAUGUACUUCUUCUUCCGUGUGAGGUCCAGGCGGUGGAAGCUUAAGCACCACUCCCCUGCGGUGUAGGCGCUCGGCUGCCCGGCCGCCCACACAGCUUUACUUCGCCAUCAGGGAUUUCACCAGUGCCCGCCCGCCCGCGGAGCACCGCUCGAGCCCCUGCUGGUUCCUCCGUCAGGGGACGUGGGGUGUUUGGUAGGAGCUCCUGCACUCCAGGCUUCGUCAGUCUGCCUUUCCGGAUCUGUGGCAGGAGAGCCCUUCUGGUUCACGCUUCUAGGUCAGAGGGCAGGAGGCGAGGCCAAGUGAACAGACACUGCUCUUCUGUCUCCAGUUUACAAACAGCAAGUUGGUCACAUUCCAAGCCCGUCCCUGUUUGCAGAAGAGCAGCCCCCCUCCCCCCAGGAGGCCAGCGAGGCAUGAUGCCAGAGGGAAGCCUGCAGCCCCCCUCGCCUUCCCAGACCCCUCCUGCGCUUUGCGAUGCAAAACGCGGACGUGGCUGUGAUCUGUUUGUUUGUGUUUGGUGCUUUUCAGUGGCUUCGUUCUGCUUAAGUUUGGGCGCUAGCUGGGGCAGCUCAGCCAGAGAAGGAAAUGCCGCUUCGUUGCCCAGGCUGCAGGUGGCUGUUGCCCUGCUCUGUGGGCGGAUGUCACCAGCACAGGGGUGUGAGUGGAGGAGGCCUGUGCUUCCUGUGGCCUCACCAGGUGUCAGGCAGUGGCCCGGAGGCCGCACCCAGUGACUCCCAUGUGUGUACCGUGUACAUGUCUCUUAACCUGCAGAGCAGACGUGUGAGCAGCCAGGCAGCUCCUUGCGGGAGGGAUGAGCCGGGGGGAGACUGUAGGCGGGUCCCACUUUGCACAGAGGUUAGAAUGGAAGGUGAGCUGGGAGAUGAGGGCCUCUUCCCCGGUUACAGCCAGACUGACUCGUCUGGAACCCGCCCUGAGUGGGGGCCUGGCAUGCCAUGCGGCUGGCCUCCAGGGCUUGGUCCUCAUUUCUUCACUUUUUAAUGUUUUAAACACAUUUGUAAAGCCCAAAACAGCAUUUAGGGCUAAAUUUGCAUCUGAAGACUUAAACAACAGAGCAGACCACGCCUGGGUCCUCCACAGGGUUGUCGGGCUGUCUUGCCAGCUUCAUUUUAUUUGAGUAAAAUGUUGCGUUUACUAAUACCAUCUGGGCUCAGGUGUGUGUGUGUGUCUGUGUGGGUCUGUGUGUGUGUCUGUGUGUACAUUCCACUGUGGUGGUGUAACAUGUUUUCCAUCUUGUCUGUUUUAUAUUCACACGUUCACUAAAGCCAAGCACUUGACCAUGCAUAAGACCACGUAACAUGGGUGUGACCGCUGCCGCUCAGGGACACCCCCACUGUGUCUUGGACAGUGUCACCGGCUUUCACGUCCCCCGCAGAGCGAGGGGAGCGGUGGGGUCUGGACACCGUGCCUUCUGGAAAGGGCAGUGUUUGAAAACAGUGGCCUCGGCUCUCCGUCUCAAGAUGCAGUUCUUGCUCGCCAGCCACUUUGUAACCCCUGGAAGCUGCUGUGUUCCCACAAGUGAGCUCAUUUGGUAGUUAGGUGUGUGCCCAGCCUCUAAGGCACUGUGUCGCUCCUCUUGCCAACUUGAGCACAGUUGGAUGUAUGCGGCCCAGAGGGAGCCCUCUAAAACCGGGCCUCAAGCUGCCUUGGUCCCUGUCAGGUGUCUUUCUCCCCUAAAGCUUGUUUCCCCAGUGGUGGCAGCCCCAGGGUGUUACUAUCUCCGUCAGGUGGUUUGGCCUUUAGUAAAAACCUGUUUGAAAUGCAACAUUGGUUUCCAGGUGCCAUGCUAAUAUUGCAGUUUGAGGUUACCCCUUUGGGGGGAUGAGUUUAUGACUUCCUGGGGGCAGGUUGUUGGAAGAUCCUUUGUGGCCAGUGUGUCCCAGGCCCCCUUGUUGCUGUCACGAGAAGUGCCACAGCUGGCAAGUGAGUUCUCGUGGGUGUGUGUGACCUGGUACCUGGACGCCACCUUCAGGAAAGGGUUAAGGUAUAUUUUCUAAAUUUUUAAGUAUUUUAAGAGGUAUUGAAAUUAAUGAAUAUAAUAGUUCAGUAAUUUAAAUGUUUAUUUAUUUUUAGUGGGAGGAUUUUGAUUUAAAAAGCUAAUUGGUAUGGAAAUAUCACAGAUUUCUUACCUGUGAGGAAAAUGAACAUUUUCUGUUUAAAUAAUAUUAUAAUGUGCACAUUUUUAAAAUAAAGAAAUCUGACAUUUGGAAAAA